UCUUGUGGUGUAGUAGGUAGUUCUUACGUGACAGUUCUUAGACAGUUUGUAAUGCUUUAGCAUGUGCUUGACCAGGUUUGUAGGGAAGUUGUAGUUGAUUUGUAAGUUUUUUGUAACACUUCAUAACUAGCGUGAAUUGUGCGAACAAGAACAACUUUUAAUUCAGGACAAUUUGUGACUAUAACUAUAAAAGUGGCUGUAGUUGCAGGCUAAAAAAAAAAAAACCUUUGUAGCAGUCAUGAACCUCAAAGGUGGUCUGUGCUUCUUCAGAAUGGAAUGUAAACUCCAAAAAUAUUCAGGGUUUCCAUAAUUCAAUUUAAAACUUCUACACUCUGCUACAAUUUAACUACAGUCCGUCCCAACUGAUACCUGCAAUAAGUUAAGAAUUGCAACGAUUCGGCUGCGAGCAACACGUUGGACCCUACGAUCACGUAGCGAUACCAGACCUACAUAGGGAAGGUCACAGCCUCCGGCCCUUGUUUCUGACUGGUAUACACAUCUCAAAGAUGAGACCGAAGAGACUGAAGCACGGGCCGAGGGUCAGCCCACCCCAGUCUCCUGAAGUUCCUGGGUCUCAGGUGAAAUAUGAGAUGGAUACUGACAUUGUGUCGGAGACUCAGGAGGCAGAAGGACUGGAGGGACAAGUUGCUGAGGAAGAGAAUGGACAAUCAGACUUUGAAUUUAUCGAAGAACCUAAAACAAAACACAGAACACAGAAAAGGAAGUUCAUUACUUUUUCUGUCGAAACUGAAAACGAGCUCGGGGAAUGGUUUCGUGAGAACGAGCUGUUCUACAACAAGGGCCUGAAGGUGUUCAAGGACACGCAGAAGAAAGAGCAGCUGUACGAGGAGAAGGCUGCAGCACUGAAUCCCCCCUGCACGCCCCAACAACUGAAGACUUGGAUUAACGGAAUGAGGACCAGGUACGGUCGAUUAACAGAGCCGAAGACGGGCAAAGGGGCAGACGAGACCAAGCUUUCCGAACGAGACAAAUGGAUUGUGGAAACCUUCAGCUUCCUCAGCAGACACAUAGUCCGCGUCCCCAGCAGGCAAACGGCUAAAUUCAGGAGACUCGGUGAUCAUGCGGCCGCAGCAUCCACUAGCAGAGAGCGCUCCACACCGCCGCCGGCUACUAAAGUCGUAGAAUCCAGUGACGACGAAUCCAUAGACGCAUCCCAGGGCAACACAGCCGGCAGUUCCAGAGGGAAAUUGAAGAACUUGGAGACACUGCGGACUCCAGAGGAAGAAGAGUGGCGUGCCUCUGCACUAGCUAGAUUACUGAGCAGAGCGGACCAGGCAGCGCAUCUCCACACUCGUCUGGAGGAAAUGAUGCUGCCCAAGAAUCCUCUUCAGGAGGCUGUCCAGCAGUGGGUCGGGUACCAGUCGACUCAGCUGGUUAACCUCCACCCGUCGCUGUGGGAGCAGUACUCCAUCGCCUCCAUGAACCUGCUGCUGGAGUUCAUGGCAGAGUCACGAAAGUUGAAGCAGCAAGAAAGAGUCCAGGAGCAGCAGCAAGCCUCACAGGCCACGCCCGAGACGCCUCCACAGCAGGCCGAUCUCCAGGUACGACUGGUACCCCCCGGGGAGCAGUUACCCCCGGCCCCCUCUUACUACAUCCGGUCACCACAGCCUGGGACCACCUUCCAGCAGCAGAGCACACACUUCCAGCAACCUCCACGAUCUCAGCCCAUCCAGACAACCAUCACAAAAUCUGCACACGGCGAAGGGGAUCUGAGGGAAAUCGUAGUAGUUCUUGACAAUUCGUAGUAAAUCGUGAGGUGUCACGUGUGUAGUCGUGGUCACGUGAUUUGUACAUUUGUACGUGUAGCUCCUUCGCAUUUAGGAAUGUGGGACGUGUAGAAAAAGUUUGUGACUUAAACUAAUAUACACUCACUGAGAAGUAGAUUUUAAUAAAAUUCACAGAUCUUCUUUCUCAAAAGUUUUUUAUUUCUUGAAAUUUACUUUAAAAGAGUGGGAGAAUAUUAGACAUCAGUUAUAUUUAAGUUAUGGCUAGGGUUACUUCAUUAUGCUUAAAUAUUAUUGUUUGUAAAUAUCAUUGUUUAUAUAGAUGUUUAAUCUUAAAGUAUGAAAACAAGAGUUUUGCCAUGUAAAAUAGACAAUAUAAAAUAAAUGUAAAG